CACCGGGCAGGACUCCGGGCAGCGGCUCACCGGGCUGGACACCGGGCAGAGGCACCAGGCGAAGCAGCAGGCAGCGGGCCACCAGGCGGAGAGCAGCAGGCACCGGGCCCCCGGGCGGAGCGGCAGGCACCGGGCCCCCGGGCGGAGCGGCAGGCACCGGCCCCCGGGGCGGGGCGGCAGGCACCGGGCCCCCGGGGGGCGGCAGGCACCGGGCCCCCGGGCGGGCGGCAGGCACCGGGCCCCCGGGCGGGGCGGCAGGAACCGGGCCCCCAGGCGGGGCGGCAGGCACCGGGCCCCCAGGCGGGGCGACAGGCACCGGCCCCCAGGCGGGGCGACAGGUCUCGGGCCCUCAGGCGGAGCGGCGGGCGCCGGACCCCCAGGAGGAGCGACAGGGUCCUCGGGCCCUCAGGCGGAGCGGCGGGCGCCGCCGGACCCCCAGGAGGAGCGACAGGUCUCGGGCCCUCAGGCGAGGAGCGGCUCGGGCGCCGGACC